AUGGAAUCGCAAAAACCCAUUGACAACGAUACAGAGAGGUUGAGGAAGGAAUUCCCCCCUCUCCCUUCGUGUACUGCAGACCCGUUUGCUAAGAGUAGUCGUUUGUUGAGGUCCCCUCCUUCGCGACCUCAUAGCGAGACUCCGCCUUCAGCAUCUCUGCAGGCCAUGGCUUCCUGUGCCUCACAAGAGACGGGUACACCGGUUGUCUCUGAUGAGUUUCAAUCUGAGGAGACACCAGUCAGAAGUCAGGAAAUAUCUUUUCCCUUGGUUUCCCCCGAUGGGAAGAACAUGGAGUAUGCGGCGGACACCAUCUUCACGGAGAGAGAAAGCCGCGAAAAAGAGACACAGGCCCCAUCACCAUCUAUGGUGGCAGCAGCCUCUACCACGGCUGGGAAAAGAACGGCCGGAAGUCCCCCUGAACAUCCAGGGGAGGAAAAGCGGCAGAGAGACGCCGGAGACCCUGCUUCUGUCGACGCGACAGAAGAGAGCGAGUUUCGCCCGUUUGUGCUAAUGCACGAUAACGCCAGACCACACAGUGCCGCAGCAGUGACAGACUACUUAAGAGAGGUUGGUAUCAUUACCCUGGAGUGGCCACCAAGAAGCCCUGAUUUAAACCCAAUAGAGCAUGUGUGGGACACUUUAAAAAAACGAACACGUGCUAGAAAUCCACCUCCAGCAAACCUUGCAGAGCUGGAACGUGCUGUAAAACAGGAGUGGCAGGGAAUACCUAUUGAAGAUAUCCAGCACCUCAUUGAAGGUAUGCCUGGGAGGCUCCUGGCAGUGAUUCAGGCAAGAGGGGGUAAUACCCGUUACUAA